AUGAAGAAAUUAAAGCGACGUCUAAGUGCUGCGUUUCGCAGUGGAGGAUCGCAGCAGAAUGUCGAACUUUGCGGUGCGGGCGGUGUCACUAAUGGGGUUCACCACAUCCACACAGCCUCCUACGGCCUCUUUACGGCCUCGCCUAAUCGAGCGUGGAGCCUUUCGGAUUCAAUGAACCAUCUCGCCGAC